AAUCUAUGUUUAAACCCUACAAUCCUAUAACUUAAUACUCUUUAUGGGCUUUCAGCGCCUAGUUUUUCUUCCCAUAAAUUGCCUCGAUCGUUGUCUUCGUUCAGCUCUAGAGGGUCGACCGCGCUCUCUUAGAUUUGGAAUAGUAUGUGCCCCAUCUAUUCUAACAUUAUGUAUGGGGAAAGCAUAUUUUCUUAACCAGUUAUGGCAGCAGCAUUCAAUGGCAUCAUACUCCUUUCUUUUGAGUUCUAAUUCAAUGGAAGUGCAUCAGCGAAACCAAGCAAGAGAGAAUUCGCUUUCUUGAGCAAGAACGCUCUUAUCUUUUUCGAUAGAUUCAACUCCGGAGUGGAACCUCGCAGGAUAGCUGAGAUAGAUCGGUCGAGUGGUCUCAGUUGGAGAUGGGAUUGCACGAAUGGAGUUCUUAACUUACCACUUUCUUAGAGGAAGGAGUCUUUUUCAGUCAGGAGGGUCAUUUUCAAUAUCAGAAUGCCUCAACUAGAUAAAUUCACCUUUUUUACACAAUUCUUCUGGUCAUGCCUUAUCCUCUUUCUAUUUUAUAUACUUAUAUGCAAUGAUGGAUAUGGAGUACUUGGGAUUAGCAGAAUUCUCAAACUACGAAACCAACUGCUUUCGCACCGGGGGAAUAAUAUCCCGAUCGGAGACCCUAAUUGUUUUGCAGAUAUCUCGAUCAAAGGGUUUCGCACAGGUGUCUCCUAUAUGUACUCAAGUUUAUUCGAAGUAUCCCAAUGGUGCGCUAUAAUAAGUUCCUUCGACUCUUUUGGAAAAAGGAGGAUAAUAACUUUCAUUGAAUCUUUAGGAGAAAUUAGUGGCUCACGAGGAAUGGAAAGACGGAUUAUCUAUUUGAUCUCGAAGUCCUCAUAUAACACUUCUUCCAGUCGGAUCACUUGUAGGAAUUCCAUAAUGCUAAUCCAUGUUCCACACGGCCAAGGAAGCAUCUUUAAUACCCCUUAGAUUCUUUCUCGAGGAAUAGAAGGCACUACAAGAAAUCUUUCUCGAGGAAUAGAAGGCACUACAAUAAAGAUGGACUCCUUUGCAAUUCGCCCCCUUUACUAAUAAUGACUUUCAGGGUU